UAAUCCCAAGUGGGGAGGCGCUGACCUUUCACUUCGCUUCUCCGGAGCGCUAACCUUUCGCUUCCGUUCGGCUUCUGCAGAGGAGCCUUCUUGGCGCAACAUGAGGCAGCGGCACCUUCUCGUCCGUUUCCUCUGCUUGCUUCCAGCACUUGACUUGAUUACUGCAGGACCGUUUCCUGACAAUGAUUCUGAUCUUAUGAGACACAGAAUAUAUAAUAAAUCUGCUGCAGUGAAAAAUAUUUCUAAACGGAAUGUUGACUGUCAACGAGGAAAGUACCGAUCAGAUUCAGGAGACAUCUGCUGUGACCUUUGCAAGCCUGGUUAUGUUAAAGUUACAGAUUGUACAACAUCCAGUAAAACCAUUUGUAAAAUAUGCGAGGAAGGAGAAGAGUACAUGGACGAUUACAAUUCCCUCCUCAAAUGCAAAAGGUGCAGCAUUUGUGACAGAGCACAUGGUCUGGAAGAUGAAAAACCCUGUAACAUAUCCCAGAACAUAAAAUGCAGGUGUCAGCAUGGCUUUUUUUGCAGUUCCUUGGAGCCAUGCCUUCACUGCAACCCAUGUACAGAAUGCGAAAAUGGCAUAAUUGUAGAAGAAUGCACCUCAACUAAAGACAGAAUAUGCGGAAGUAAACGGAAUUUGCUAUGGAUCAUUGGAAUUGUCAUUCUAUUUCCACUCAUCAUUGGAACAAUCAUAACAUGGAAAUACUUGAGCAAAAAACGCAGGACGAAAAAGAAACACAUUGAAGAUGACCAUGGGCAAAAAAUGGAAAUGAAGCUUCUAACUUAUGAAGAUAUUGACUUGGCUCCUCACAUCAGUGACAUUGCAGAGGAUAUGACCUUAGAACAAGUUAUGAAGUUUGUUCGGAAACGGGGGCUGACAAACCCUACCAUAGAUAAGAUCAAUGCAGAUAAUGCCAAUGAUGCUUCUGAGAAGAAAAUAAGGCUACUUGAGACCUGGUACCAAGAGAAUGGGAUAAAAAGUGCGUACGGAAUCUUAAUCAGAACCCUGAAAGACCUGAAGCAGCAUACCCUCGCUGAUAAGAUUCAAAAAAAGAUGGACUCUCAUGUUCUGAACAAUGCAAGUGCUCAUCAAAACAUGAUUUUGCAAGAAGGAAUUACCAACAAUUGAAAUUCAACUUUUAAAGUUGCAUUGUUAACAUGUGUUUCCAGCAACCAGCAUUUUUCUUUGUAUAUGUGUGAUUUUAUGCCACUAGUAACUUGAGUUAUUUCUGCUAGAAGUGCUUCAUGAACACAUCUGCAAUUUGGUCUGAGAAGGGCACGGCAUAUGCAAGGUCAGCUGCUCAACAUCAUACAGAGGGUAACUUUUAAAUCUGAAACUUCUCUGUUUCAACUAGUAUUUUCAGCUCAGCAGAAAAUCAAUUACAUUCCCCUCACUGCUUUCCAACUAUAAGUAUUAUUUUCAACCUAAGUAUCAAAAGAAGAGUAUAAAAUCCUUUGGGAGCUCUGACUCUGGAAAGCUCAUACCCUGGAAAUCUCGUUGGUCUUUAAAGUGCUGUGUGUGUCUCAUGUGCCGUCAAGUCGCCGCUGACAUAUGGAGGCCUCCGACCUAGUGCUACUGUACCUGAAACUUGCUCUUCUACUGCAGACCAACAUGGCUAUCCACCUGAAACUUUCACAUCACAGGACUAAAGUCUGCUCCUCACCCAGUCCUCAUUCUACAUUAUAUUUUCUGAUGGAGUCUGCUGAUGUUUGGAUUUGGAGCAUUCCAGCAUGUGGGAGCAUGUAGGCAGAGCUCCAGAGACACCGUCACCAUGACACCUAGGAUUUAGCUCUGCUCUUUACCCAGCCCAUACUAUUCUACAGCUUAUUUUCUGAUAGGCUUUGUUGACAGUUGGUUCUGCUGCCAUAGAGGAGGGGCCCUCCAGGCAGCCUUUGGGAGUGAAGUUCCACCCACUUCUUUGGUAGAACGAGACACCAUCACUACCUCUACCAAGUCUGGGUAGCUUUGCUUCCCAGCAAAGAGAUUCCAUUCUACCACACCUUUUCAACAUAUAGCCAUUUAGCAGAUGGCUGAUUGCAAAAAGUCCUGUCCUUUUGUUGGGAGUUUUAAAAAAAAAAAAAAUAGAAUUUGUACUUC